UGAUCGACUUGAAUCGACUCGUCGUCGUCGUAAUCGUUGCUCCGUCACUCAUUCGUAGUCGGCUUGUUCAUUGGGAUAGUGUCACAAAUUAAUUUAGCAUCGCAUCGUUGUUACUUAAAUAAAUUACCAUAUUUUUGGUAUAAAAGUUAAUUUAAAUGCUUCGCGUGCAGGCCAAAAUAAGCGUAAUAUCAAAAUUCGGCUUUCGUUGCCUAGAGGGAAGAUUAUUUACCGUUGAUCCACAAGAAUGUACAAUUGCUCUGGCAAAUGUACGUUCAUUUGGAACAGAAGACAGAGAUACUCAAUUUCCAGUUGUUCCACAAAAUCAAGUUUAUGAAUAUAUACUUUUCCGUGGUUCGGAUAUCAAAGAUAUUCGUGUUGUCAACAAUGUCCAUUCAAUUCCAAAUGAUCCAGCAAUUGUUCAGAUGACUGUUCAACAGGCACCAAUUGGUCAACCAACAUAUCAAAUGAUACCAACAUCAAAUUAUCCACAUCCAAUGAUGGCAGGUAUGGCUGGACCAGCAUCAUCAAUACCUGGUUUUCCAGGUGCUUAUCCAAUGUCAAUGGGUGGUGGUGGUGGUCAUAACAUGAUGGCUAAUAAUGCCAGACCACAAAAUCAACAUAUUAUGAAUAAUAAUCAAAUAAAUAAAGCACCAAGUGAGUUGAAUCCAGCAAGUGGUGAAACAAACAUGAACAAUAUUACAAAUAUUAUGCCGAUGACCAACGUCAAACCUCAAAUGACUAAACCUGUAGAACAAACUAUGGAAGACGGUGUACUUGAUUUAAUAAGUGGUAGUGGUGGUGGUGGUGGUGGUGGUUCACGUUCAAAUACUCCAACACCAUCAUUGAUUGCCAGAAAAAGUCCAUCAAUUGAUCAAGCAACUCAAGCUGGUCAUCAACAACGUGUUGGUAAAAUUGGUGAAAAAACAGCCAAUAGAAAUGCUCAUCAAAAUCAACAUCAACAACAUCGUGAUGGACACAGAGGUAGAAGUGGCAGUGCAUUGUCACAAUACAGUGAUACAAAACGUGAUUCUGGUAAUCAUCAUCAUCAUGAUAAUAAUCAAAUGGAUAAUCAUGCUCAUCGUGGUAUGCAUAAUGCAGCACCAGGUGGUAAUCAUCAUCAACAACAACAACAACAACAUCAACGUGGUGGUGGUAAUAACAAUAAUAAUAAUAAUAACCGUGGUGGUUGGAUACCACGUAGUGGUAAUAAUAUGCAACAACAACGUGGACGUGGAAGAGGUAGUGGAGGACGUGGUGGUGUAUUUCGUACAAAUCAACAAGGCAAUAAUGCUACAAAACCUAAAAAUACACUUAAAUUUGAAAAUGAUUAUGAUUUUGAACAAGCAAAUACUGAAUUUGAAGAAUUAAGAUUACGUUUAGCUAAAACAAAAAUUGAUGCUGGCACUGAAAAUGAAAAAAAAGAUGACAGUGGCAAUGAGACUGGUGCUGGUGAAGGUGAACCAGAAGAAGAUUCUGAUGUUAUACAUUAUGAUAAAUCAAAAUCAUUUUUUGAUAAUAUUAGUUGUGAAGCUGUUGAAAGAAGCAAAGGAAGAUCCCAACGUACUGAUUGGCGAACCGAGAGAAAACUUAAUUCAGAAACAUUUGGUGUAUCAUCAACGAGACGUGGUGGUUUUCGUGGACGUGGUGGUUAUUAUAAUCGUGGUGGAAUGUAUCGUGGUAAUAAUCAAGGUGGUAAUUAUCAUCAUCAAGGACAAAUGAAUAAUAAUGGUGGUGGUGGCGGAUAUCGUGGUGGUAAUUAUCAUCAUCAUCGUGGUAAUAAUCGUGCUGCUGUUGCUCCUGCUAAUAAUAAUAAUAAUAUUAAUCGCAACACUAAACCAGGAGGUGCAAGUAUGCAUCAAGCUAAUAAUUCUGGACAAAAUCGUAAUGCUACUAAUAAUGAUACACAACAAAACAGACGUCUUAUUCCUGGUAAUGUAUAAAAAUUAAUAUAAAUAUUUUAUUAUAAUUAUUAUCAACACGUACAUUCACAUAUUAUUUUCAAAAAAGAAAGAAAUUAAAAAAUAAAUAAACAACUCAAAUAAUUCAAAAAUAAUAAUAAUAAUGAUGAUGAUGAUAAUUUUUCGAAUUAAAUAUGUGAAAAAUUAAAUAAAAUUUGAUGAAUUGAUAACGCGAACAGUUUAUAAGUAUUUACAUUAGAUUAAGAUUUUUACAAUUGCUCUAUUUCAAUUGGGAAUAAUAAUGAUAAUAUUUGAGAGCAUGAGUUAAACCGAGGAUAAUUAAUAUCCAUUAUUAACUGUCUGAUUGGACUGAUUAAUGUCAUAAUUAUUAUCAUAUAUAUAUAUAUUUUUUUUUUUUCUCUUCAUUAAUAAUUCGGUUGCGGAAUUGUAAUGUAUUCAGGAUAAUUCAAUAAUAAUGGGAUUAUGAAUCGUCAUUUAAUUGUAAAAAUAAACAAAAAAUAAAAAAAGAGAUAAAAAAGACGGUCAGUUAUUAUAUUUUAUCAAAUAAUUAAAAUUAUUGUCACUUCACUAUUGAUAGAUGAAAAAAAAAAAACAAAUUUAAAAAGACAGAAAAUAACAAAAGUUUAAAGUUAUAUAUUUAUAUAUUUUUUUUUUUUUUUGGAUAUGAUUAAUAAAGGAAUUUUUGAAUUUUAAAAAUUCAAAUUAUUUAUACAAGAUAUUGAUAAAUUCAGACUUGGCAUUAAUAAUUAAUUAAGAGAUUGCAUUUGUUUGUUUUAAUAAUAUUAUAAUAAUAAUUUAAAAAAACUGAUCGUCAAAAGAAUGAAAAGAAUGAAAAUAAAAAAUAUCCCAAAAGUGAGUGAUAGUAUAUCAAUGUGAAGCAACGUAACUAAUAAUUUGUAAUAAAUGUAAUUUUAAGAAUGAAUCAAGAUGAAAAAGAAAGCGUAAAAAAAAUAAAAAUAAAAUAAAACGAAAUAAUAUUAAUGAUAAGAAAAAUAAUAAAUAAUGAAUCAUCAUCAGUUUAUUUUCUCGUACGAUGAUUUUAAAUACGCAAUAAAAUUUAAUUCGUUGCCGGAACAAUGAUACAAAAUUACUUUUAAUAAUAAUAAAUAAUAAAUAAUACUGAUGAUUUUUGGUAAUUCAAUAAUGGUGUGUGACACUAAAUAAAUAAAAUCAUCGUCGAGAAUAAAUAAUUCAAAAAAAGAUAAAAUGAAAAAUGGGAUAAAUAGGUAAAUCAGUUUAAUGUAGUAAAAAAUAAAUUUAAAAUAUAUCAUCAAUUGUUGUUUUCUUUUUUUUUUUUUUUUACAAAUAAUUGAAAAAAAAAUACGACGAGAUUGUGAAUAAUAUUAAAAAGAAAAAAAAAUAAUAAUAAUGAUGAUGAUGAUGAAGAAAUAAUCACGUGAGCUGAAAUAUAUUGAAUAGAAAUAAUUAAAAUAAUAAAAAAUACGAGACGUACGUGAUUAAUUCCGAAAAACAGCCCAGAACUUAAUUUGAUAAUCAUUAAAUGACCAUUCGAAUUAUAAAAAUAUAUAAAAUAUAAAAUUUUAAUUUUUAUAUUAAUUAAUUUACAAUAUUUUUUUUUUUUUUUUUUUUUGCUUUAAUUAUAUUAACAAACUAGAAUGAACGAGUGCGAGAAAGUUGUUAAUAUUGCACAGUAGUUUUUUUUAAUUAUUAUUAUUAUUAUUAUGUCACAUAGAAAAACAAAAAGAAAACUUUUAAAAUAUAAAAUAAUUAUUCAAACAAAAUUAAAUAAAAAAAGCCAAUAAAGAUAAUCGUACUACGAUUAUUAUAUGAAAAAAAAGAAAAAAUUAUUAAUAAUAAUAUAAAUUGUUCGCGGCUGUUAUUUUUGUAUAAUCUCCAUAAAUGGAGCCUACCGUCU